UCGGACGAUGCAGACUAAAGGACCGAGUUGCUGUGGGAGGAAAAGAUGGCGCUGCCCAUGUUAAGAGGUUGCUACUGUAGCAGGACGCCUUCAGUAUUGAUUCGUUUCUUGAAACCUGAUCACGUUGUGCAGCCCCAGUCCAACAAGACUACUCGCCUGGCUCCAACUUUGUCCGUUGGUGUCGUGUCCACAGUCCGACCUUACAGCUCUGAUCGAGGUGGAGGUAAACAAAACCAGAAGGUGGUUGUGGUUGGCAUCCCCAACCCUUUCAUAUGGUUUCGAACCCGAAUAUACUAUUUUUUGAUUCGGGUCUAUUUUGACAAGGAAUUCAAAAUCGAAGAAUUCACAGAGGGAUCGAAGCAGGCAUUCUCCCAUGUUUCAAGACUGUUGUCAGGGAGUCAAUUUGAGUCUCUUGAAGGUCUGGUUGCUAAAGAUCUGAUUGCAAAACUGGAAGAGAAAUGUGCUCUGCUCCCUCCCAGCCACCUGCAAGCGCUUUCUGCAGAUCCGGAAGACUUGAUGUACACAACACCAGGGGAUGUUGGCAUCUAUUAUGAUGAUGAUGGGCGGAAGUUUGUCAGUAUUCUGAUGAGGUACUGGUAUCUAACAAGUGCCCGGUUGCCUGAGGAAUCAUUGGAGGGAACACGCAUCUUUCAGGUGGCCAUAGGCGGUGAGGGUGAGCCGGAGACUAAGAGACUGCUCACAGCGAACUAUGAAUUCCAAAGGGAGUUUACUAAGGGGGUGCCGCCGGACUGGACCAUCACCAGGAUAGAGCACUCCAAGCUGCUGGAUUAAACUGGGAUUGUGAAUGGAGAUUAUAGGGGGAGAUGGAGAGUGGUAGAGAGGCAGAGAAUGGAAGACCAUCCUUCCUCCUGACCCUACAAGAAUAUCCCCCUAACUGCUAAAAUCUUGAGAUGCUCUCAAACUCAAGACCAGAAAAGACAUGGGGAAUAUUCGGGGCAAACUUUCUAUCAUAAUUGUACUACUGUACGGAAGUCUGUGUAAGACCAGGUUGCUGAGUUUUUUUGCCCUUGUCUCAGGCAGCACCGCAAUCAGUGGUCAAAACUAGGCUUUGUCAGUUCUGCCUCUAAGGUCUGAGAUUCAUUAUUUUGUUUAAUGGGGAGGGUAGACAAGGGGCAUACAGACAGUGUGAAAAAACAGAAUGAGCUCUAUAUUGAGAUUCUGUCUUCGAUCUGCUGCUGCCCCGCUUUGGUGUCUUGAAGUAGAGCGUGCACACAGACUGAAGAAAAUGUCACACUUUAAUGUUUAGGAUUCAGAUGUAAAAAAAAAAAUAGGAUGAUAAUUCAAGCAUGCCCUGAGCAAACUUCUCACACCUCCUUGUACUCCUGCGUUCACACUCAAUAGUUAUGUAGAGAGGAUGAAUUCCAACUAUGCCAUAAAAAUUACUAUAGCUACUGUU